CUCUGGGAUGGAAAAGAGGGCUUCCAAGUACACCGGCCUGCUCUGAGGACCCCGACAGGACACAGGACAGGAGAGCGAGAGCCGUCCAGGGGGCUCCAACCCCCAGGAGCUCUUCACUGACAGAGCACUCAAAACCAGGGACAACUGAGAGAAGUUAUUGUUCUCCAGUCAUUCUGCUGAGAAACAAUUGGACUUGUUUCCAUGGAGACCAGGGACUCUGAGGAUUUGGGAAAGCCCCAGAAGAAAUCAGUGAGUGGUUUGUGGGAGAUUGACGAGCUGGCCAGUGUGAGACCUGAGGUCCUCUCAGAAGAGAGGACGCCCCAUGCCGACCAGGAGAUGCAAGACAAAGCACCCCAUUACUACACCCUUAUCCAGAGAAACUCCAUCUUCAAUCGCACUGUGAGACACAGAAGCAAAGGCAAAGCCAGAGGCACUCCCAAACAGAACUGCGGACACCUGGCAGAUACACUGGAAAAUGGGAACUCUGUAAAUGAGCCCCUGAACUUGAAUUUCCCCCAGAGCAGAACUCGACCCUGGAGAAUACCAACAGGGACAGACCUAGGAGCCAAGAGAGCAAGGACCUCGGGGUAGCUGGGGGCAGACAGACUCGUCCGGGAGAGGCUUCCGC